GCUCGGGCGCUGCGGUUCCGCUCACGUGUCCCCCGCGGGUCAGGUGACGCGCUCGCGCCCGGCCGGCUCUCUCCGCUCCGUCCCGUCCCAUCCCGUCCCGUCGCGCCGCCGCCGCCAUGACGGGGCUCGCCCUGCUGUACUCGGGGCUCGGCCUCGCCUUCUGGAGCACGCUGCUAGGCGUCGGGAUCUGCUACACAAUAUUUGACCUGGGCUUCCGCUUCGAUGUGGCCUGGUUCCUGACGGAGACUUCACCAUUCAUGUGGUGCAACCUGGGCAUUGGUCUGGCCAUCUCCCUGUCCGUGGUGGGAGCUGCUUGGGGGAUUUACAUCACGGGCUCCAGCAUCAUCGGUGGUGGAGUCAAAGCCCCUCGGAUCAAAACCAAGAACCUGGUGAGCAUCAUUUUCUGCGAGGCUGUGGCCAUCUACGGGAUCAUCAUGGCAAUUGUCAUCAGUAACAUGGCUGAGCCUUUCUCUGCAGUCACCCCAGAGGCGAUUGGAGCCAGGAACUACCACGCAGGUUUCUCCAUGUUUGGGGCUGGCCUGACCGUGGGGUUGUGCAAUCUCUUCUGUGGGGUCUGCGUGGGCAUCGUGGGCAGCGGGGCUGCCCUGGCUGAUGCACAGAACGCCAGCCUCUUCGUCAAGAUCCUGAUUGUGGAGAUCUUUGGCAGUGCCAUAGGGCUGUUUGGGGUCAUCGUUGCUAUCUUGCAGACAUCUAAAGUAAAAAUGGGCAACUGAGCCCUGUCCCACCCAGCCUGUUCCAGCCCGCCCCAAGAGGUGCUGUAUAUAUUUAUUUAAUGUUUCUAUCCUUGACUGGGGCGGGAGCUGCCCGGCGGCGGGAGCGGGACCCCGGCUGCGUAGAGCCCUGUCCCGCUGAUGGAUUGGCCCCUUCGGAAGAAACAAAUUUUCUCUGUGUGAAUCUGCUCCCAGCAGCCUGGCCCAGCCUGUGGGGCCCUGCCGCUGCGUGUCCCCGGUGUGUGUAGAAUCAACCACCAGUGCAAUUCUGUGUCCGUGAAAUAAAUAUGGUUCUCGUCCAAG